GAAUCUGCUACUCUGGAACGCAACAUUCUUCAACGCGCCAUAUUUGUUUCAAUUUGUGUUAAUAUGUGUUGGAGCAGAUAUUAGCUGACAUAUUUUAUUCCACUUUUCCCACCUUUAAAGAAAAGGCUAUACAUUUCUAGCAGUUUAUUGCUUAUUUCGCGUGUCUUGCGGAUAUUAUCAGGAAUGUACCGGCGAGGGGGAAGCAAGAAGGACCAUAAUAAUGCGACCAAGGAGCAGAGCGACAGCAGCAAGUAUGCGGAGCUUCUGGUGUUCGGCUGCGCCUGCAAGCUAUUCCGGGACGAUCAGAGGGCCAUCUACCACGAUCAGGGCAAACACCUUAUCCCAUGGAUGGGGGAGAAGAACAUCAUGAUCGAUAGGGAUGAUGGACGCGGUCAUUUACACAAUCUUUCGGAAUAUGACGCAGGCUCGUGGAAUCAUGAUUACCAGCUGUCCGAGGAGGAGGUGAGGAUAGAGGCUCUGUGUGAUGAGGAGAGGUACCUGGCCAUGCACACUGAUCUACUGGAGAAGGAGGCCAGGCAAGAGGAGGAGUAUAAAAGGCUGAAUGAAGCCUUGGCCGAUGAAGGCACCUAUAACGCAGUUGCCUUCCGUUACAGCGCUGACUACUAUGACCCCUCCCAGCCCACUGAGGAAGAUGAGGCCAGCAAAGAAGCAGAGCAGCAGGAGGAAGAGAGUGAGGAGCCUUUUGUGGCGCCCACUGGCCUCCUCAUCCCUCCGGAUGUAGAGCUGCCUGCGACCACCAAGACGCACGCUAUUAUUGAGCGCACCGCCAACAUUGUAUGCAAGCAGGGGGCCCAAUUUGAAAUUGUGCUGAAGGCAAAGCAGGCUGGGAACUCCCAGUUUGAUUUCCUGCGGUUCGACCACUACCUGAACCCUUACUACAAACAUAUUUUACGAGCUAUGAAGGAGGGCAGGUAUACACCGGCAUCAGAGGGCAAACAGGACCAGCAACAGGAAUCAAAGUCAGACAAUUCCGACAAUGACGACGAAGAUGAUGAUGAUGAUAAUGAUGGAGAUGGAAGCUACCUGCACCCGGGUUUGUUUGCAUCCAAGAAGAGCUCUCGUCUGGAGAAAAUAAUGAAGCCUCUGCAGGUCAGACCGUUAGCUGCGCUUGUUCGAAAAGUCCAACAGGAGAAUAAUGGCGCUGCAGCGAUGGCGACGCAAGCAGAAGAAGAGUAUCAGUCGUCGGCAGUAGCCACACGGGCAGAAUACACAUCUGACCCUAAUGUGGCAGCAAUGAACUAUGGGUACUGUAUGCUGCAUGAUGGAACAUACUGCUUUGCCCCGCCGCCUCUUGGGAUUGAUGCCAGCCCUUAUUACACCUCGCUGCCCACUGGCAUGAUGCCGGCUCCUCCUGUAUCUGGUCCUCCUCCUCCCCCUGCUGCUGCAGGUCCAGUCACGGUGUCAGCUCCUGCGUCGCCUCCCCUCUCACUUUCUGCUCCGGCCGCCCCUCCAACUUCCAGUUCUCAACCUCCUCAAACCACCGUUGCACCCACGGUGCCGACGGCUGCCCCCCCUGUCGCAGCCAUCAUCCCUCCUCCUCCCGACAUCCAGCCUGUCAUUGACAAACUAGCUGAGUAUGUGGCCAGAAACGGAGUGAAAUUCAAAAGCAGCGUGCGUGCCAAGAAUGACCCGCGGUUUGACUUCCUGCAGUCCUGGCACCAGUACAACUCAUAUUAUGAGUUCAAAAAGCACUAUCUCAUGCAGAAAGAAGGCCUUAGCAUGCAGGAGGGUUCGCUGCUUUACAACAGUGGGGGGGACAGCACAGAGAACUGCUCUUCUGACAAGCAGCAGAACGAGGGCAAGCUCAUUAAAGCGUCCUUUGUGCCCAUCUGCUUCGCUAUAAAGUCAAAAGAAAACGACCUUUUACCUCUGGAGAAGAACCGUGUGUGACUGGAUGAUGACUCCGAUGAGGAUGGGAUGAAGGGGGAGGUGCAAGAGGGAGUGGAGUUGGCGAUAGGAUUGGUCGAAGCAGCCACCAGAGAGCCACCCCAACCUCCAUUGGCUGAGGAGAAGAAGCCGGUACUGUCCCAGGAAGAGCUAGAAGCCAAACAAGCCAAACAGAAGCUGGAGGACCGGUUAGCAGCCGCAGCGAGAGAGAAACUGGCCCAGGCCUCCAAAGAGUCCAAAGAGAGGCAGCUUCAGGCUGAGCGCAAAAGGAAAGCUGCCCUCUUCCUGCAGACUCUGCGAGGGCCAGAGGCUGAGGUCAGUCAUACUGAGGAAACCGCUGCUGUGCCUGAGGUCUCAGUCUCGUUCACCCAGCCGCAGAGACAGACGAGCUCACUCUUCGGACAGAAAGCGUGAUGAGAGAGAGAAGGAUAGCUACGGCCCAAACACCUACCGCCUUGGCAGCAACCCGGCACUGGGCAGGAAGCACUCCAGAUCAAGAUCACCUCAUGAAAAGAAGAAAAAUAAGGGUUCAAAGUCAUCGCACCAAUUUAAGGGUUCUUCCUGUUCGCCCUCGGCAUCCCCUGACAGAGGCGGAGCCAUGGCCAGAGUCUCUGCAAGCCCCUCCCCUGUCACAAGCCCCGCCUCCAGCCUGGGAAGGUCCAGGGAUGGCUCUCAGGAGAAAGACAAGCAAGUGUCCUCCACUAUUAUCUCUUCGGUGCAAAGCAAAAACACUCAGGACCUCAUGGCGAAAGUGCGAGCAAUGCUUGCUGCCUCCAAAGGCCUUCAGCCGAACCCCUCCUGAGAGAGUUCACCACAUCCAGACAGGAUCAAUCUCCAGCGACAUCUCGCAAGGCAGCAACAGCCUUCUAGCUAACUACUGGACCGCUGUUCGCCUGACAAGCUGCACAAUGCUGGAUGCUUUUAUCCCUUUAUGUAUGCCUGUUUGGACCUUGCGUUAGAUGUUUGUAUUUCGCCUCCAGAUAAGCAUUAGGCAUGGAGAUCUCCUUUAUUUUGAAGGUGCAGGUGGAACCCAAGCAGGUGUAGAAAAAACGAAAGCAGCAGCAGAUGGUGGAGCUUCAGUCCUGCUGUGUGUUUUAGCUGUAAAACAAAAACAAGAAAGUAUUAAAGGCAUAAUUCCUUGGAUGCAACUAAAAACAUUUUUUCCUUUGCAAUGUCGUGUCUACCAGAAGGAUGCAUUAUAGACUUCUGUGAAGGAUAAUGCUGUUUAUUUCUGUCCUAUCUCCUUUUUUCCCUCCGAGCUCUUUUCAGUAUGAAGUCAACGGCUUUCUUGGUUGUUGUUGUUUUUUUUGUUUUUUAAUAUGUGGCCUUCAGUUUUUCAUUUCUAAGUUUGUACGGGCCUAAUUUUGAAGCUAUUUUGUAAAACCGUCAAUAAAGUUUGAAUUAUGGAA